CACAAACUACACGUAUCACUGUGCUCGUAUAUUCACACCUGAUUUAUCCUCAUCCACGUGUUUGUCAGUCUACCUGUGCGAAAGAAGUGAAGAGUAAGGUAUCUUGCGUAUCAUCGAAUCGUCAGGUGCGUUGUCUGGAACAAGUGAAAAAAGGCGUGACUUGAACUCGGGUCGUCAUCCUCGAAACCUUCCUUGCUGGAAAUUAGAAGCAUAAGUGUGACAGCGAGUGUGGAGGUGGCAGUGGUCACAGAAGUGGCGGUCUGGUGACAUCUGGUCGAGGCUACACCACAAUGAUCAUGGGACCGAGACCAACGCUGGGUUGGCUUGGCUACCUGCUACUCAAUGGGUCCUGGUAUCGCCUCACUGUGCUUCUGGGUCUCCUCGGGAUCCUCAGUGUGGGCCUCGUGCACCACAGCCGCCACUCCGUCACUCUCCAGCACUUGGUUCCGCCACCAUUCCCGCCGCCCAUUAUGUUCCUCCCUGCUCCUUCCCACGGCUACAUGAGCGCCCUGGAUGCCUGCUCAGUGGAGGCCGCCGGUGAGUGGGAGGAGCACAUGGGAGCGAGGAAGGACUGGCCGGCUCUGGAUGUUGUCUCGGGCAAGAGGCGGCAGGUGUAUGUUUACCUGUGGUCUUCCUCGCUGAGUCCUCGUGACCUGUGGGGGCGAUGGGUGGAGCAGCUGCCCAGGGUGACUCUGAGCCAUCUUGAUGUGUUCCGGACGGUGACCAGGACGCCCAUUAAAGGCCUGGCCAAGCUUAUCGGGUGGACCACUUACCCGGAGUGGAUGGUGUGGAUGGCGGCACGGGUGGCUCUCCUGUGGGGGGCGGGCGGGAUGCUGCUGCCUCUGGGAGUAGUGGCAACCCGCCCUCUGUGGCUGGAGGCGUCAGACCACCGGGCGCUGCUGACGGUGGUGGGGCGGCACGGCCUCCUGGACCCAGUGUUGAUGUGCACGGCGCCCUCACAUCCCGUGCUGGCCGCCGCAGCGCGUAUGCUGGAAGGCAGCGAAGAGACUGUGCGAUUCAACAAUGCCAAGGAAUUUCUGACGGUGGCUGUGAAGACUGGGUGUGGCGUGGAAGAUCUCAAAGGGCUCCCCUCAGGCAACUGCUCCUCCUUGCUCCUCCUGCCGGCCACUACGGUGCUCGACAUGGCUCCCUCCGACACGGCUCCAUCUCAGGAUGUCCGGGAGGUAGGGGCGGCUGCUCUCCUCCGGGCCACAGGGGAUCCCAACCAGCUGCACCACCUGCCCACCGUCCACCACCUGUUCCUUUCCUACAGGCUCGCCACGUACUGCCCCAAAACGGCUCACCUCCUCCAAGCCAUGUACAAUCAGUCUCUCUGAAUGCGCGGCCCCUCACUGGUGUAUUAUUAACCCCUUCAGUACUGGGACGCAUUUUACCUUAAUUUUUUCGUGUGAUGAUACGAUUUUAUUGACAUUUAAAAAAAUCUAUGGAGGUUAGAAGAUCAAUGGCGAGCGUCUUCAUUAUUUUAAUCCUCACAUAAGUUUCUGAAGAUAUAUAAAAUCACCAAAUAGUAAUGAAUGAAUAUGAAAACGCGUCCUGGUAUUGAAGCGGUUAAAGUGUAAAUUUCAUGCCAAUAUUUCUUGAGGCGACUGUAACUUUUGUGAAAGUAGGUUGAUUACAGGUAGUACAGGUAUUGAGUUAUUUGAUUAUAUACUGUGAGGGAUUUUUUUUUUUUUAAUGUA